CCCUAAGCAACACCUAUAUAAAUCAAUCCACCACUUUAUCUCCCUUUGCCUCCUCUCAUUUCCGUUCCACCACCCGCAUCGUUACUAAACCUCUCCGGCCGGACACCACCUCUUUCCGGCGCCGGCCAAAACUUUCAAACAACCACAAUCUUCUAUUGAAUUAUUUUUAAAAUGACCUCAAUUACACCCUUUCCUUCUCUCGCAGCCCCCACCAUCACCGCCUUCACUUCAAAACGGAAGCAGGUCUCAAUCUGUUCCAAACCAGCGACGUCGUUUCCUUGUUGUUAUUCGAAUAGUGGAUUGAAGAAGCUACGUGGGAUGACGGGUUAUUUUACUGUUACCAAAAAUAAAGGAGGAGGGUUGUUUGUGUUUGCUUGCUCCACGACCCCAUAUGUGCGGAGUGUUGGGUCACAGAGGCUUUCGUUCGGGAAUAACACCGAUGGUGGGGCCACGCAGGUAGCAACGAAGGGUGAUGUUUCGCAGGUUUUGUCAGCAAUGCUCCCUUUUGUUGUUGCUGUCACUGCUGUUGCUGCGCUUGUUCAACCUGCCACUUUCACCUGGGUAUCUAAGGAAUUGUAUGCUCCUGCUCUUGGUGGGAUUAUGUUGUCAAUUGGAAUUAGACUUUCCUUUGAUGAUUUUGCACUUGCAGUCAAGAGACCUUUACCCCUAUCUGUUGGAUUUUUCGCUCAGUAUAUGCUCAAACCGGCUCUUGGGGUUUUAAUUGCGAAGGCAUUUGGCAUGUCUCCGUUAUUCUAUUCCGGAUUUGUCCUCACUUCUUGUGUCGCAGGGGCUCAGCUAUCUAGCUAUGCUAGCUUUUUGAGCAAAGGAGAUGUGGCUGUGAGUAUUCUUCUCACUAGCUUUACCACCAUUGCGUCAGUGCUUGUCACACCUCUUUUGACUGGCCUUCUCAUCGGGUCUGUUGUUCCAGUUGAUGCUGUUGCUAUGUCAAAGUCAAUUUUACAGGUUGUUUUUGUUCCUGUCACUGUUGGGCUCGUGCUCAAUACUUAUGCAAAACCAGUUGUCACUAUCCUUCGACCUGUGAUGCCUUUUGUUGCUAUGAUCUGUACUGCCAUGUGCAUCGGUAGCCCUCUUGCAUUGAAUAGGAGUCAAAUUCUAUCAAAAGAGGGUAUUCAGUUGGUUCUUCCUGUUUUGGCAUUUCAUACUGCGGCAUUCAUUGUGGGAUAUUGGAUCUCAAAAAUUCCUGCUUUCAGGCAAAGAGAAGAAGUUUGCAGGACAGUUUCAUUAUGCACAGGAAUGCAAAGCUCCACCUUGGCAGGGCUUCUUGCGACCCAGUUCCUUGGGGGUAGUCAAGCAGUUCCACCAGCAUGCUCUGUCGUUGCCAUGGCUAUUAUGGGUCUUUCUCUUGCCUCUUUCUGGGGCAAUGGUUUCCGUAUUAGAGACCUACCAUCUCUACGCGUUCCACAAACUGGCUCUGCUGUCCAGACAUAAUGAAGCAACACCUGGGAACAUCUUCAAGGACUGGAUCAAGCUAUUAAUUGCACAGGGAUGGUCAUGUUUUAACUGAUCCUUAUAUGAACAUGAUCCUUUCCUCAAUGGAACAGCAGUGGUGGUCCAGCAUAAGCUGUCAAACUCAAUAAGUUGUACAGUCAUAUAGGAGGCAAACAUAGAAAGCGGAAAAAUGACCCUAGGAGUUACCAUAGUUAGAAAAGCACUUUUUCCAUCUUCACCUGAAAGUUGCUAACGUAUGUAUAGAAUAGAUGAGGUGUAUAAAUCACAAAAUAUAGCGAAUCAAUCUGGAUGUGCAUUCUCUCGCUCUCUCUGAGUGUAACCCCAAGCAUUUGCUUUUUCUAGGGGCAGGUCAUAGUGUUUCAUUCGCCUUAGCUAAAGUCGCAAGGUCCAGAAAGCAUUAGUGUUACUGGUAAGUGCGUUUAAUGGAUGGGUAUUUCAAGCCCACAGUUGGUUGAGAUUGA